AUGACAGCCCCUGUCCAAGCUUGGACCACGGCCUACACAAUCCUGCCGAGGCCACACGCAACCGCCCCAACGGCUCUGAAACAGCAGCAUGUACAUGGAAACUUUGGAGCUUGUUUCGACAGCCGCUACUAUGAAGGGGGCUUUCUGGAAGGACAAGUCGACAUCGUAUCCAUCAACAACGUUUCGUGCAGGGGUGGCAAUACUGAUUUUUGUAAUGAAGCUACAGCGGCUAUGCUUGGUCGCCUGCCUGCUGCCCUAGAGGAACACCACCCGGGACACCACCCCCUUCGCACGAUGCUCUAUGGCUUGCGGGCACCCAUUCUCUGGCACCCGCCACCUGCUACUAGUAACGGACGGGGUCUGCACCAGGCCAGCGGUCGGUUUCCCUUGUUCAUCGACCAAAGUUACCCCUUUUUUUGCCCUUGUGGUUAUCCCCUUGCUCUGCGGUUAUCAUGUUGCCCUCUGCUGCAUUUGACUCCCGGUACCGUCGGGAAUGGAUUCCAAUGCGGGGGAUCAGGGCAGGCUGUCCAUUAUCGUUCUAGCUCAGCUUCUAAUCGUCUAUUCUGCGAGCUGCGAGCAGGGCAUUGA